GUUGAGAAGGCUGCAUACUGAAGUGAACCAGGAGAUGGGGAGCUACACUACUCGUUUCGCUCCUACAUUCUUGCAGUCAUAAUGUCCUGUAUGUAAUUCUGCGUGGACUUGUCAGUUUUUAGAUGGUAUCUAAACAGUUUCCUGUCAGAAAAUACUUCGUUUCGGGUAUGGGUGUUUAUUUAUGAGAGUACUCUAAUAACUACUUUUUGUUGCACUGCCUUACUGAGAAGAGCGCGUGCUUUGAAGGUGCGUUUUAUGCAUUACAUCUAACAAUGAGAGAGUGCAUCGUGUGCGUAUGGGCGUUUGUCCUGCUGCUAAGGUUACCAACAUGUGCAGGGGAAGAGAUCAGAGACGCCUCUGCGAAUGUUGUGAAUCCCUGUUGCUAUUACCCCUGUCAAAACUGGGGUGUGUGUUUAAGGUUUGGCACUGACCGCUAUGAAUGUGACUGCACUCGCACCGGCUUCUAUGGACAGAAUUGCACUAUCCCUGAGUUCUGGACAAGGGUCUACCUGAAGCUGAAGCCGAGCCCUGAUGUGGUCCACUACAUCCUUACACACUUCCACUGGCUGUGGAGCCUCAUCAACAGGACCUUCCUACGGGACUGGCUCAUGAGGGUGGUCCUCACAGUCAGAGCAAACCUUAUUCCCAGUCCUCCUACCUUCAACUCAAAGUAUGGAUACCUCAGCUGGGAAUCCUACUCCAAUGUCUCCUAUUACACCCGUAUCCUACCCCCUGUGCCUGAAGGCUGCCCCACCCCUAUGGGUGCCAAAGGAAAGUCUGUCCUCCCAGACCCAAAGCUGGUGGUGGAGAAGUUUCUGCUGAGGAGGAAGUUCAGGCCGGAUCCACAGGGAACCAACCUGAUGUUUGCUUUCUUCGCUCAGCACUUCACCCAUCAGUUCUUCAAGACUCAAAACAGCAUGGGCCUGGGCUUCACCAGGGCGUUGGGGCAUGGGGUGGAUGCCGGCCAUGUCUACGGCGAUAAUCUGGUGCGUCAACUGAACCUCCGGCUUCUUAAAGAUGGAAAGAUGAAAUACCAGGUAAUUAAAGGUGAGGUGUACCCUCCAACGAUAGCCGAGGCGCCAGUGAAUAUGAGCUACCCUCGAGGGGUUCCCGACGGGCAGCGCAUGGCCAUUGGGCAGGAGGUGUUUGGGCUGCUGCCAGGCCUCACCAUGUACGCCACCCUGUGGCUGAGAGAACACAACCGCGUCUGUGACAUCCUGAAGGCCGAGCACCCCACCUGGGGGGAUGAGCAGCUCUUCCAGACCACCAGGCUCAUCGUCAUAGGUGAGACUAUCCGGAUAGUGAUCGAGGACUACGUGCAGCACCUGAGCGGCUACCUGUUGGAUCUGAAGUUCGAUCCGGUCCUGCUCUUCAAGUCCACGUUCCAGUACAGGAACCGCAUCGCUGUGGAGUUCAACCAACUGUACCACUGGCACCCCCUUAUGCCAGACAGCUUCCACAUAGACGGAGACGUGGUGCCCUACUCCCAGUUCAUCUUCAACACCUCCAUCGUCACACACUACGGGGUGGAGAAACUGGUGGACGCUUUCUCACGCCAGUGUGCUGGACAGAUAGGAGGUGGGAAGAACAUCCACCCAGUGGUGACCAAGGUGGCCGAGGGUGUUAUUGAAGAGUCCAGGGCUCUGCGUCUCCAACCCUUCAACGAGUACAGGAAGAGGUUCAACCUGAGGCCCUACACAUCUUUCUCUGACUUCACUGGUGAGGAGGAGAUAGCCAGGGAGCUGGAGGAGCUCUAUGGUGACAUCGAUGCGCUGGAGUUCUACCCCGCCCUCAUGCUGGAGAAGACACGCCCCAACGCCAUAUUUGGCGAGAGCAUGGUGGAGAUGGGGGCUCCCUUCUCCCUGAAAGGCCUUCUGGGUAACCCGAUCUGUUCCCCUGAGUACUGGAAGCCCAGCACGUUUGGAGGCCAGACAGGCUUUGAUAUAGUCAACUCAGCCUCGCUGGAGAGACUGGUGUGUCUGAACACUAAGUGGUGUCCGUACGUAGCCUUCAGUGUGCCUCCAGCUGGGCAGGAGCCGCCGCCAAGGAAAACGUCCACUGAACUGUAAGCUAUAGUGAGUUUACUGUAAUCCAUGGAUACGUUAGUGUUGUUGUAUGGUAUUAUUGUAAUGCCCUUGCCCACCUUUGAUGCCUGUACUGUAUAUUAUGUUUACAAUGCAAGGACUGCAUUUAUGAAUCAUCACCAAGUUCCCUAUGUACGUUGUACUUUGUGAACAUGAAAAGUAGCCUGGAUUAAAAACUCGUAAAAUAGUGAAAUAGUUUGUAAUAAGGUUUAUUUGAUAUUAAUUUAGGUCUACAUUACAGUACAUCCAUAAUGAUCUAGCUAUGGUCAUUGAUUUAACAGUAUUUUUGCAAAAAGGUAGAAAUGAAAAUCACAUUGGAAACUGUAUAACAGAAUAUUGUCAAAUGAAGUACAGCAGUAUUAUUGUUGGCCAUUCUUGAGUAAAUAAAAAAUCUAUUUGAUACAG